CUAUUUUUAUAUAAAGGUAAUAAAAAGUUGUUUAUAUCACAAUUGUGUUUUAAAAAGGUUUUGUUAUAUUUUUGGUUGGUUGUUGGUUAAUGGAGUCACUCAUAUCCUGUGCUUGUCAAGCAGUUCGAAGAACAGGGAUUCGUUUUGUAACUUCUCAGUUUAACAACGAAAGCGUACCAAGAAACAAUGAAAUAUUGUCAAGAAGGAAUAAUAAUGCCACUACACUUCAGAACACACUCAAAAGUGAAAAAACAGUUGAUUCAAAAAAUAUACCAUUAAACUCUAGUAGUAAAAAGUAUAAAUAUUUCAAGGGAUUCAAUAAGACUUUAUCAUUAUCAAAAUUUGCAGAAUGUACUUUGUUAAAAACUUAUAACAUGACUGUUCGAACACAAAGUUAUAUACACACUGCUGCUGCUUCUCAAGAAAAGUGGCUUUCUGUACAGGAAAUUGAAGAGGUGUUAAAACAAUCAGGUUCAACUUUUAAAAAAGGACAUACCGGAUAUUUAACAGCAUGUCAAGAAUGCAACAUUGAAUAUGAAAUUGAAGAAUUAAAUUUAUUUGUUGACAUGCAUACUGGCAACACAACAUGCACUUGUUGUGGAAAAGAAAUGUCAUGGAAGGAAUUUAAAAACAAAACACCUUAUGUUAAUAGCCAUGAAAAUUUUAAAAUUUCUGAAAAACAGCCUGUUUAUUUGCAGUCUUGUUCUCCUGAAGAACACAGUUAUUGGCAAAAUUCUGCUCCUAUAACUUCUGAAGUGCUAAAAGACAUAGAGAAGUAUUUAAAAUUAAACCAUAUAGAUGAAAAUAUUUUAAAUAAUUUUGGUGUUCGUGUUGCUUAUGAUUGCAAUUGUGAAAAAUAUGAAAUGGAUGGUAUAAUAUUUCCUUAUUAUGAUAUCACCAAAACUGUCCUGAUGGGGUUUAAGAAAAUAUUUUUUAAAAAUCAAGAGCAAACACUUAUUGGAAAUAGAGAAGAUUUAAAUUUGUUUGGUUGGCAAUGCAUUGCUUCAGGUCAAAAAGAAGUUGUUCUUACAGCAAAUGAGUUAGACUGUAUUGCAGUGAAAUGGGCUACAGGUGUUCCAUGUUUAGCCUUACCUACUUCAAACCUUCCCCCAUCUCUGUUACCAUUUUUAGAGCAAUUUGAUCGUAUUACCUUUUGGUUUCCUAACAAUUAUCAGUCUAGACAAAAUGUACUUCAUUUUACUAAAAAGCUGAAUAUGUUGAGAUGUUUUACUACAGGCAAAAACGUUGAGAGUCCUUUAUUUUGUCUUGAAUAUGGAAAAGAUUUUAUGAAAAAGACUUUACAGGAAUCUUGGUGUAUGACUAUAGACCGUCUUUUAACUAUCAAAGAUAUUGGAGAUGAGUUGUUUAACGAGUUGACACAUGCCAAAGAAAAUGCAGGUGUUGCUUUUACUCGAUUUCCACUUUUAAAUGACUUUUUAAAAGGGCAUCGAAGAGGUGAGUUGACUAUAUUUACUGGCCCCACCGGGUCUGGAAAAACAACUUUUUUAUCUGAGUUAUCUCUUGAUCUUUGCAUGCAAGGCAUUAACACACUGUGGGGGAGUUUUGAAAUUAAGAAUGUUAGGCUUGCAAAUAUCAUGCUUCAUCAAUAUUCUGGUAUUGCUUUAGAAAAGCAUAUGGAUAAGUUUUCAAAAUGGUAUGAAUGUUUUGAAAACCUGCCAAUGUACUUUAUGAGUUAUUAUGGCGCACAAGAUCUUCAUAGUGUUAUACAAACCAUAGAACACAGCGUUUAUAUGUAUGACAUAGAACAUGUUAUUAUUGACAAUUUACAGUUUAUGACCACAAUUAGCAAUGAUGAUGAUCGUUUUCAAGCCUUAGACAAAGCCAUUAGUUUAUUUCGAAAAUGUGCUUCUGAAUUAAAUAUUCAUGUAACUAUUGUUGUUCACCCUAGAAAAGAGAAUGAUGAUUCAAUUUUACAGACAGCCUCAGUUUUUGGUACUGCAAAAGCAACUCAAGAAGCUGAUAACGUUUUAAUUCUCCAAAAAACGGAUAAUCUGAUCAUGCAAGUGAAAAAAAACCGUUUCAAUGGGACCGUAGGUACAAUACCUUUGUGUUUUAAUCCUGAUUCAUUGUGCCUGUCUGGGUUUUUUCGUAAUGUUGAAACUGGUGAAGGAGUCUUACCUGAACUAAAACCAAUUAGACCUAUACAAAAUUUGACUGCCGCUAGAAGAAGUAAAAAAAUAUAGAUAAAUUUUUAAAAUUAAUUUUUUGUUUCAAAUUUUAUAUUACUCACUAAAUUUUUUAUGCAUGAUUAUUAUAUUUUUUAUUCUUUACAUAUUUAUUUUGUUUUUCAGUUAACAUGGUAAAUAUUUGUCACGAGUUUAAUUAUAGGCAUCACUCACAGUUCAACCUCUAGUCAUCUGGACCUUAUCCAAUAAAUCUUUUAUAAUUUUAUAAAUUUUACAAUGUAAUUACAUUUUUACAGUUGAGGGUUUUCGGAAAACCGAACUUUAUGGAAAACUAUAUCUCUCCUAAAACUUAA